GCCGGAAAGCAAUACUAAAAAUAACGCAGCGAGGAUGUUGGACAAUGAGUGCAAGAUCGAGUUGCAAGAAUAAAAAAAACAGCUGGAAGCCGAGAAGUGGAAAUCAAAAAUGUAUAUCCAAUUCAACGAUCUUUCCUAUUUGGUUCGCAACCGCAAAGGAGCUGAGAAAACAAUUUUACAUAACGUCACGGGGCAUUUUGAAUCAGGGAAGUUUACAGUAAUAAUUGGUCCUUCCGGUGCAGGAAAGACUACUUUGAUGAAAAUUAUAUCGGGAAAACAACCCCUAGAUGUUAAAGGUACUAUCACAAUAAACGACGUUAAGUGGAAUCGAGCAAUGUUCCGUAAACAUGUGUGUUACGUACCGCAACACUUUGAUUUAUUGCCGUUCCUCACAACAAGCGAAACGCUCUACAUAGCGGCUCGAUUACAACUCGACGGUAAUCAGAACAAACAAGAGAUUAAUUCAAUAGUGAACAAUAUCGCAGAAAAUCUCUGGUUGUCAAAUUGCUUGGACACGUCAGUAAUGAAAUUAAGUGGUGGCGAACGGAGAAGAUUGUCUAUCGGCGUGCAAAUGUUCACCAAGUCAUCAGUUUUCUUAUUAGAUGAGCCAACAAGCGGUCUUGACAGUGCGGCGUCUUACCAAGUAAACAAUAUCGCAGAAAAUCUCUGGUUGUCAAAUUGCUUGGACACGUCAGUAAUGAAAUUAAGUGGUGGCGAACGAAGAAGAUUGUCUAUCGGCGUGCAAAUGUUCACCAAGUCAUCAGUUUUCUUAUUAGAUGAGCCAACAAGCGGUCUUGACAGUGCGGCGUCUUACCAAUUAAUUAGCAUAUUGCACAAUAUGACGAAAGCAAAUUGCGCUGUAGUUUGUGCAAUACUAGUGGUCGUAUGAUUUCGCUUUUCGAUGACAUCAUGGUACUUAAUCGAGGAAAAUGUAUGUAUUGCGGACCAAAAAGCGAAAUCUUGAGCACGUACAACAUUGCCGGAUUUACGCGUCCUAGCUUUUACACAACAUAGCCGAAUUUGGUAAUGUUUUUUGUACCACUCUCUGAUAAAUAAAUUAUAAGAAAACUAAAAUUAA